UUCUCCUCUGUAUUACCUAGCUACUUCAACUAAUUGCACAUUAGUGUUUGUUUGGUCACAUUUGGAGACAUUAACUGUGAUACUACAUUGGCAUACGGAGUGUUCAUUCAAUGGCUACUGCAGGUGGCCAGCUGCAUAUCAUGGAAUCAAUCCACCAACUCGGUUUUAGGAUGAUGAACCAUCCACACACUAGCGGUCAGCUAGCUAACUACUGUAGCUACAAAGAGUAACGUUAAUACUAAAUGCGAAGCCUAGUGAUGCUAUCUUCAAUGUAUGCUAUUCAAAUUCUGAAGCCAACUAGAGAAAGAGAGUCCAUUGACUCUCCAGGACAUGACACUGCUGUGGCAUGAGUAGUUGCUCAAUUGGGCUAAUUAGCCAGUAAAGUAUAUCACCUGCCACACAAAACAGGUUUCAUUCCACUGCUCAAUGUUGCAUGCGUCAACUACAUCUACUGUGCCGUCGCGAAGCAGAUUGCUAUUACAUACGAUGUGGUUAUUUGAUAUGUAAAAUACCUAUCCAGGCUUUGUAAGAUCUGGCAUGUGUCAGUAACAUCUGAGCAGGUGAACAUAAUCAAAAGCGGUGUACCUGCCAGAUUACAUUGCAGAUGCCUGCAAGAUCUCACCAUGCCUGGACAGGUAUGCAAACGCCUUCACAGUUCACUUCUAGCUGGGAAGAGCAGAUGCAAAUUCAUUACUUUAACUGAUGAUGACAAAUGUUAAGAAAAUGUUGAGCAAUGUAAUAAAGUAAUGACUUUUCAAAUAAGUUACGUUACACGUUAUGUUGGCUGACAAUUUGUUAGCUACACUGUCCUUAUGUAACGGAUGUGAAACGGCGAGCUUAGUUAGCGGUGCGCGCUAAGUAGUGAUUCAACCGGUUACGUCACUUGCUCUGAGACCUUGAAGUAGUAGUUCCCCUUCCUCUGCAAGGGCCGUGGCUUUUGUGGAGCGAUGGGUAACGAUGCUUCGUGGGUGACUGUCGUCGUUGUGUGCAGAAGGUCCCUGGUUCGCGCCCGGGUAUGGACCAUGAAGAUGGAGACAGAUGUAUUUAACCCUUCCCACACUGCAGAGCUCCAGUUCCUCAGGUCACGGGUUCGGGAACUGGAGAAAGAGAAGGCCGAAAUGGCAGCUGAAAACCAAUGGCUACAAAACAUGCUAGUAAAGGAGAUCCCAGACCUGCUUUCUACCAUGUGGCAGAACUUGGGCCAAGCCAACCAGCCCCUCCACCCUGCAGUGUCCCCACAGGCUGUCUCCACAGCAAUAGUGAGGGGCGAGAGCUACACAUACACACACCACUCUGUGUCAGGACAAUCUGGCCGACGGUUCAGUCCCCCACUUCAUCAUCAGCCCAUGUCCAACCGCUCAGCUAUGACUCAGGACGACGUGAAUGGAAGCAUGUCAAACUUUGGACCCGAGAUGGCCAUCAGUGAGCACAGUGACUUAGAGCUGAGUGACAUCACAGAGGACGACAACCCUCACAGCUCUCUGUUUGGCUCAGCAGCCGACCUACCCGGGAUGAGGACAUGCUCAGAGACACACUGUGUUAGUGGGACGGGCCAUGUAAACCAGGUGGAGGUAUACCCAAGUUCCGGCGUCUUCUGUGAAAUGCGGUCUUGGCAUGCAGCAAAUCAGACGCAGUCUCCCACGGCGAUGGCGCGCACUCUGUUGCUGGGCGUGUUCGACAUGGACACCCUGCUGAACAGCAACCUGCGAGGGGGGCGGAGCCGGAGACCAACCUUCCCCAACCACCGCACCGCCCUGGACCCACACAAGCUCAACGCCAUCUACAAUGCCACUCUAGCCCGCUUCCCAUUGGCCAGGAAGGGACAAAUUGGCACCGGCAUCAACUCCAAGCUGUCUGAGAUCCGGUUCCGAUCCAGGAGAGCCAACCGGGACCCCAGUUAUCUAUGAAGGACUGUUCCUGCCCACACACCCUGUUGUAUCAAAUCAACAUUUUAGUAUUUUAUCACAUUAACCGUUCAACUGUAUCAGUAUAUGAUUACAUGUGCGUGCAGAAUGUCUUGCCUAUGAAUGGUAAAAGGACUCAAAAGAUGGACUAAUGCUAGAGGAAGGACUCAAAGCCAGUGGAACAACGUACAUAAGAACCGGCUUUGAUGGUUAAAUUCCCACUCUGUCGCCGACCAAUCAUUCGGAAACCACACAUGUGAACGGUCCCCGGGGUAGUCUCUCUGACUGACCGAGAUGCAUAGAUCCAGGACAGCUUAUCCAUGUGUGACCAACCAGUGGAGGACGGGAGGCUUCAGUCAUGUCUUACCAGACAGACGCCUCUCUGUCGUUGACCUCUACCCACUUAGACAAAGGAGGCAAGAGGGGAUUGGAGGGAGGCCAAACUAUAUUUCUCCAUUGAUUUCUCUGAUCCUAGGCAUUAAGCUCACUCCUAAAGCUCCAUUACCAGCCCCAGGUCCCCUCUGCACCCUCUCCUUCCAAUCCUCUCCUUCCGCCUGAGAGGAGAAUCAAUUUGUGGCCCCCACCCACCCAGCCUUCCCCAGAGGUGUCACAGCUCCCCAUGCCUAAUGGACCCACAGGUACUCUGAGCCUCCAGCAGGAUGACAGAAGAAAUUCAUUCAUCUUCAAGGACCUAAACAGUGUGUCAUUCUCCCCAAGUUCACCAUGUCCACAGAGCCCACAUGAAGAGAACAUGACUGGGGAUUUGGCCUGAUGCAUAUAUGAAGUAUUGGAUUAGAUGUAACCGUUGGUAAUGAGGAACGGUCAAGUUGUUGUUUUAUAUCCGGUCAUGUCUGAUGUUCAAGAUGUUGAAUGUUUGAUGCGAAUGCAUUAAAAGACUGCUGUUUUUCAUUGCCCUUCAUGUUGUCUCUCUCUAGUCAUCGGAACGAUUUGAGAAAUUACGCAUUAACCAAUUGCUUAUCAGCUACUUAGUUUUCGGCAAAUGAGAAAGAGAGAGGAGAAGAUGAUAGGCAAUGAAUCACUAGCCCAUUGGUAAAAUUGAAAUAUCCAUUACAGUAGUCCACCUACUGGGCAUGCCACUUCAUUUCAACGUGAAGAAUUGGGUAUUAUUUGGUUGAUACGUUGAUCAAUGAGAUUACAACCUAUUUUCAACCAUUCAAAAAGACUAUGCAUUCAACCAUCUUGCAUUCAACCAUCUUAAAGCACAACCAAAUUCGAAUGGAAAAUCAACGUCUAUUUUUUGGUUUAGUUGUCACCUAAAUGUGUUAUCGCUAUGCUUUCAACCAUUUAAAAGCACAACAAAGUUCAAAUGGAAAUGCAGUGUCAUAUUUUGUUUAUUUAUACAACAACUUAAUGUGUUAUCACUGUGCUUCAUUGAAUAGCACAACCAAAUGACACUAUGACGCUAUACAUGACGCCAUACAUGACUCAGGGUCUCCGCUUCACAGCGGUCUUGACAGACAAUCUCUCUGAAUUUGAGCACCGCGCAGAAGUUGCCCUUAUCCCUACCGCUAAUUUGGCUACUUUUGCACAUUUGUUUGUUGUCUGAAUGAGGGAAAUGCUGUAAAUUACGAGGACUUGUUGUACACUGAGUAUAGAAAACAGGAACACCUGCUCUUUCCAUGACAUACCCUAAUCAGGUGAGUCCAGGUGGAAAUAUGAUCCCUUAUUGACAUCACCUGUUAAAUCCACUACAGUCAGUGUAGAUGAAGGGGAGGAGACGGGUUAAAGAAGGAUUUGUAAUGCUUGAGACAAUUGAGACAUGGAUUGUGUGUGUGUGCCAUGCAGAGGGUGAAUGGGAAAGACAAAAAAUGUAAGUGCCUUUGAACGGGUUAUGGUAGUAGCUGCCAGGCACAUCGGUUUGAGUGUGUCAAGAACGGCAACGCUGCUGGGUUUUUCACUCUCAACAGUUUCCCGUGUGUAUCAAGACUGGUCCACCAUCCAAAGGACAUCCAGCCAACUUGACACAACUGUGGAGUCAACAUGGGCCAGCAUCCUUGUGGAAUGCUUUCGACACCUUGUAGAGUCCAUGCCCCAAUGAAUUGAGGAUGUUCUGAGGGCAAAAGGGGGUGCAACUCAAUAUUUGGAAGGCGUGCCUAAUGUUUUAUACACUCAGUGUAUGAUAAAAUAUGGAUAUAUUUAAUAUGCUCUUUUAACCUACCCUUUAGAAUGCCUAUGUUAGCAACUCUGAAUCUAUUAGGUGGAGAUUCUACAACAAUCAUUCUCAAUAGGGAUGGGCUAGGUUAAAGGAAUACUUUGGGAUUUUGGCAAUGACCCCAAAGUAUCUACUUCCCCGGAGUCAAAUUAACUGAAGGAAGUUAGAAGUAGUUUCGCGAGCCAGUGCUAACUAGCAUUAGCCCAAUGACUGGAAGUCUAUGGGUAUCUGCUAGCAUGCUAACAGAUACCCAUAGACUUCCACUCAUUGCGCUAACGGAGAAGUAGGUAAAAGGGCCUCAUUGCUAAAAUCCCUUUAAUACCCUGGAUGACAGACCAACGGGAUAGGUGUAGAUCGAUCAACUCUCCAGUAGGACAUGCUGCCCAGCCUAUUGUUUUUUUUCUUCUAGUGGAUAUUACGUUGACGAUCUGAUGUUGUGUCAAAGGUGCAAAUUCAACAUAUUUUAUCUUUGGUUACCAUGAUUACAUAAACCUGUGGUUGAGAAUUCAGCCUCAAAACAACAGUAUGACUUUUUUUCCACAUAGAU